UUUCCCGCCGGAGCGCUUAUCUCGCUGCACCCCGCGGCUCCUCCCUCAGUCGCGUGUCGUUUCCUGGAGCCGCGUUCAGUCGCUCCGCUGUAAACAAAAGUUAGAAACGGUUCAAAAUCCGCCUCACGAUCCGCGGAAAAGACAUGCAUAUCAAAACAGGUUCCUGGGAAGCUGCUACUACAGUCUGUGAGUCCGACCCCCUGUGCGACCCCGCGGUGCUCGUCUCUGCCGCGAACUCCGAACCACAAAUCCGAAACCGCCGUCUCUCCCCCGGAUCAGGCAGCGGAGGAGGGGGAGGCGGAGGAGGCUGCAUCCCCGAGAACACCAACCAACAACAGCAAGCGCCACGCCAAAUCUCCCCCGAGACCAACGGCCCCGCCAACGCACAACCACAGGGUCCGGCGGUACGCAAAGAGAAGGAACGCAAGGCUCACAAAGGCAGGAGCGCGCGCCGGGAGAGCCACAAGGGGGCGAAAGAGAGGCGGGCGUCGCAGAAGGAGCGCUGGGUGGGGGACAGUCUCUCUCUGCUGAAGCCUCCUCCGGCCUUCCCCGUUCAGGACAGUCCCGCCAAACUGCAGCCCGCCGUCAGCUACGCCUCCAAAGUGAAGGCGGGAGCAGCUACAGGUGGGCUGGAGGAGGACCGCCCGGCCAUCGGCGUCCUGCUGCAAAACCAGUGGGGCCUGAGUUUCAUCAGUGAAGCGCGCCCCGUUUCAGAGAGCUCCGAGUCUCCGCCCCCAAAGACAGAGCCGUGUGCAGAGGAGCCGUGCGCAGAGCCACAGACGGAGGAGGAGCUGCGUGCGGAGGGGCCGUGUGCAGCGGAGCCACAGACAGACGGGCCGUGUGCAGCGGAGCCACCGACGGAGGGGCCGUGUGCGGAGCCGUGCGCAAAGGAGCCCAGUCCAGCCGCUACACCCCUCACCACAGUCAUACGCCCCCCGCAGGAAGACGAGGAGAACAACAGCAAACUGCUCCUCAGCUGUCGCCAUCUAGUGCAGGCUUUGAAUUAUCACAGUAGAGAAUGGAACGCUAUAUGCAACAGAGAGAAAAGAGAUCCUAAAAAAGUAGUUUGGUACAACCCCGUUCAAGAUAACCCGGCUUAACAGAGACACAAACCCGAAGUCUAUCCCACCUGAUGCACAUAAAAAUAAAAAAUAAAAACUACAAAAAAAAAAAAAGAAGAAACUUAUCAAUGGACAGAUUUUCAAAUUCCCUUUCACUGUCAGGACACUUUUGGACUAUGGACUUUUUUAACGCCUUACAAAAUGCCUGCCUUAAUCAAACCAUUUCUUCACUCUGUUGAAUUUUUAAAGCCUAUAUGAGUUCGUAAAGAUGUUUUUUAAAAUUCAGAGUAGCUGUAAGUUAAUUUUUUCACCUAGCGUCGCAAAGCUGUAGUUUUAACAGAUCUCUUCUUCUCUUUGUAAUGCGAGCGGUCAAUCAAGCACUUUUGUUAUGACAGAGAAUAAUACUGAGACCGAUUUUUAUUUUAAUUUUUUUUUUUUUUUGUCCCCAUUUUUGGAUUUGGAAUAAUGUCUAAAAGUUAUAUUAAAGUCUAUUCAAAGGUUUACAUGAGGGUGUAGCACAGAAAGCACAAUACAAUUCACCCUUUAUCAGAGUUAACGCUUUUUCUCCCUUUAUCCGGAGUGAGUGACGCUACAUUUCCUCCUACAGGGACUUUACCGUUUUCAGUAUAUGUUGAUUGUUUUUUUUUUUGUUUUGGAAAUGAAUUUAUUGAAAUAAUAAAAUUUACACUGGAGAAGGAAUGUAAGAGAACAGUAUUGCUUAAUAAAAGAAAUAAACUUGA